GGACAGCCGCUUAUGACGUGCGGGGACUGCGGUGGGCCCGGGUGCUGCGGCAGCCGCAGCGCCGGCCGCUGCUCCGGCUCUGGCUCCCGGGUAUUUAAAGGGGACGCAGCGGCGGCCUGGGGGGAUGGGGGGCAGGUGGAGAGGACGGCCCAGACGCACAUCAUCCAGGGCCCCUUGGGACUGGAGUGACUCGUGAGCAGGAGCCCAGAAAGCCGGGGGUGGAUAAGACAUCGCGUCCCCUCCAAUCCUCGUAAGCACCCCUUGCUCCAUCCCGCUUCCAAAUACUCAGCCAGCCCCUUUCCCCACUCUUUACACAUCAAACUCUGCCGGGACAGACCUUUGCCGCCGCCGUUCCCCACGAAUCGGGUGUCCGGGUAUCGCUCCGUCCCCGACUUGGUCAAGGCGAAGGAAUCUGGGCUCACUUGCUCCCUGCCACCCACGAGUCCCCCCUGGCUCCCGAGCUGCGCGCCCCACCUUCCCUCCGCCCCGCACUGGAGCGAAGCACCCGCCAGCUGGGGGUGUGCCAGAGUGCCUGCUUUCCAGCCACCUCUAAAAAUAUCUCUCCCCCCCACUCCACCAGCAGCUGCCACCUCUUUGCCCAUUGAGGAUCCCCUCGCAGUUUGUCCACCCAGGCAGGACAAGCCCAGAGGUGGCUCCCGGUCCCAGCUUCCUCACUGGCACCAGGGCUUCACUGGCACCAGGGCUUCAGUCAGGGCCCAAGGGAUUCCCCAGGGCAAUAGGGUAAGUUCUGGCUGCAGUUUUCCCAAGAGGCAGCAGAGACCCCUGUGCUCCUGAUUCUGAUGCUGUGUGACCUCCCAGGAUAUUAGUUUGACCUCUCUGAGCCUCUGUAUUACCUAUUUACUGCUGGUGGUGGUGAGGAAGGAAGAGACCAUGGUAAAGUUGGGAGUGCUGUCUGGAGAGGGAGAGAAUUUCAGUCUAGUGGUGGAAUCUGAUUUCUAGUGAUUGAUACAAAGAAACCUGGUCUUGGGCAGAGGACUUGUUACUGUAGGUCUUUGCUCCCCUGCCCCUCAUCCCUAACUCGCACAUUUUCUGGGGAAAACUGUCCUCAAACUGUCCUGUGGACUCCACCCAUCAAGAGGGGAAUUUCAAACUUAGGGCCUAUGCAAAAGACAGGACUGUUUCCCUUCCCUAUCCCCAGGGGCCCUCCCACUCCAUCCCCAUAGAUGUAAUACAACAGCAUUGUGUAAAAGGUGCCGGGUGUGGGGCUGGGAGAGGCAGUCACUGCUUAGGUGGCACUGAAAUCUGGGCCCCCUGCCCACACGAUGAAACCCUUCUCUCCUCUCUGCUCUAGCCUGGGAGAAGCUCAGAGGUCUUGUCCCCUUUUCCUCUGAGGGACUCUUUCUGGUGUCCACAAAAGGAUUUGAUCACUCAGGACAAAGCUGCCAGAGGAGCUCUGGAGGACGGCUGAAGGCCAACAGUCCCUACAGGUGGUGCCCAGGGUGAUGUACUGACAAUGAGCGGGUGUUUUCCAGUUGCUGGCCUCCGAUGCCUGUCUAGGGUAAGUGGGUCCCUCCAGGGGUCUCUUAGGAUGAGGCCUCAACCCCCAUGUUCCCAUCAUGGGGUGGGAGGAGCCCUAUCCGGCCCCUUUUAGGCCUGCCUCACCUCUCCUGGGCCUCCACUAAUCCCUGGAAGCUUCCAUCCCAGGGGUAGGGCCCUGCUGCUUUAUAUCCUCAACUCCAGGGAUCCUGGGCCACUGAGACUCCCAGAUAGAUGUUGGUAAGACCAGAGGGUGACUCUAGGGAUGAUGCUGAAGGGACAGUUCUAUUAGAGAGACAGACAGCCAGGUUCAAAUCUCAGCUUUGAAAUUAGGAAAGGAGCUCAGACUUGUUUCACAGGGUGUGCCAGGCCAUAAACAUCACAGGAGAGGGGGUUAGGAAGAAACUAGAAAGAGGAGUGGUUCCAGCACAACUAAUUGGGGUGGGAGGCUGGGAGGGAGAAAGGCGGUGCAGUGGCUACUCUGCAGCUAUACAUAAUCUGCUCACCGCCGCUCUGUCACAUAAAGCUGCUGGCAAGCAAAGGUGGCAGGGACCGGCUGCAGAGGGCCUCUGCUCUUCUCAUUUGCUUGCCUUUGUGCUGCACACUUCUCCUGUUGUCCCCCAUCCUCUUCCUUGUCAACAGGACUAGCCCGGGGUCUCCACUUCCUGGGGCUCCCCACCCCCACUCCCCACCCUACUCUUCCUGUCCCAUCCAGCUCCAUGCUCCCUCCCCCAGCGUGACUUCCUCCUAGUUCCCUUCCUCCCCACUCCUGCCUCCGUACCCCCAGCCAUGUCCCCACUACCUGCUCCCUCCUCUGCCUUUUCAGCCACUGCUGCUCUCUUUCCCUUACCUGUCUCCCAGGUAUGUCGCGGCCUGGCUCGGGAGGCUCCUCCUUCCCCAAGCCCCACCGCUUCUGCUGCUGCCCACUUGCUUCGGACGCUGGCAGAAACCCCACCCGCUGACAAGUUCCUCCCAGGGAAUUGGCAAGUGAUUAGUGAUGAGUUGUUAGCACAGGGCCCUAAAACUCCCUGCAGAAGCUGUGUCCCCUGCCUAGGGCCAUCUGGCUGGAAGCAGCUCCCAGAGAGCCUGCCCGGGUCUUGUGUGGUCAUUCCGCCUACCUGGUUCUUCCAGGAGCUAAAAUCCAGUUCUCUGAUCAGCGCAGAAGCCCAGGCACUUAACUCUCUAGACCUGGCCCUUAGCUUCUAUCCAGGCCUGAGGACCUGGCACUGAUUGUCCACAUGCCUGGGAUGGUGCCAACAAGUCCUCCUGGGAGCCUGGCUCCUAUAUUGCCCACCAUGGUCCCACAAACUCUCGGCUCUGCAUGGCCGAGAAAGGGGAAUGAGGAGGCUGCUCCAGUUGGGUAAAUGGGUGGUUUCCCUUGACUGUUAGGGAAGAAGGGAGUAGAGAGUCCCCUCCGUUUAUCCAUAAGAACAAGUGGAGUCACUGGAAGAGCCCGGAAUGGUCUAGGGACCCCCAAAGGAGUUACCCCUUGGAAGCUGUUCUUCCCUCUCUCAAGUUGUUAAGCCCCCAUGGCCCCGAUGAGAGUAGCAGAAAUAACUGGGCUCAGGAGGGGGAAGGUCCCCUGAGGGUAAAUCCCAGGGCAGUUAACCAAGAGGUGCCAAGCGGGUGGGCAGGGAAGGCUGGGAGUGGGGACGGCGACGUUGCUUACCCAGCUUAACCAGCUUCGGGUCCUCCUCAGGUCUUGGAUGUGCCAGCGCCUCUGGCUGUGGCCCGCUAACCAGCCUCUCCCGGGCCGGCUCCCGCCGCGCCCCCUCUCGCUUGCUCCCUCCUCCUCCUCCUGCUCCUCUCUCCCCCGCUCCCAGGACAGCGGGAUGGCCGCGCAGAGCGCGCCGCGCUUCCUGCUGACCUUCGACUUUGACGAGACCAUUGUGGACGAGAACAGCGACGACUCGAUCGUGCGCGCUGCGCCAGGCCAGCGGCUGCCGGAGAGCCUGCGAGCCACCUACCGCGAGGGCUUCUACAACGAGUACAUGCAGCGCGUCUUCCAGUACCUGGGCGAGCAGGGCGUGCGGCCGCGGGACCUGCGCGCCAUCUACGAGGCCAUCCCCCUGUCGCCGGGCAUGGGCGAGCUGCUGCAGUUUGUGGCCAAGCAGGGCGCCUGCUUCGAGGUUAUUCUUAUCUCAGACGCCAACACCUUCGGCGUGGAGAGCGCGCUGCGCGCCGCCGGCCACCACGGCCUGUUUCGCCGCAUCUUCAGCAACCCGUCGGGGCCCGAUGCGCGGGGGCUGCUGACGCUGCGGCCCUUCCACACGCACAGCUGUGCGCGCUGCCCCGCCAACAUGUGCAAGCACAAGGUGCUCAGCGACUACCUGCGCGAUCGGGCCCGCGACGGCGUGCACUUCGAGCGCCUGUUCUAUGUGGGCGACGGCGCCAACGACUUCUGCCCCACGGGGCUGCUGGCGGGCGGAGAUGUGGCCUUCCCGCGCCGCGGCUACCCCAUGCACCGCCUUAUCCAGGAGGCGCAGAAGGCCGAGCCCAGCUCCUUCCGCGCCGCCGUGGUGCCCUGGGAAACGGCCAUCGACGUGCGCCUCCAUCUGCAACAGGUGCUGAAGACGUGCUGAGGACGCGGCCUGCAGGGGCUCCCGGGCGGGGAAGGGGGGCGAGGGGGCUGGGGAUCCGGAAAGACAAACCUAGUUUUAUUA